GUAGCAUCGAAGAUUGGGAGAUCGAUUCAGUGGGGGACAGAACGUGUCGGGCGAAUGACGGUCAUCUUUUUGGGCUUUUGAACCAUCGACAAUAUCUCCUUGUAAAAUAAUUCUGUAUGCCCGUCCGUUUGCGCCAUUGCUCAACCAGAGUGCCGUACACAUCCCGUCUGGCCAGCUCUCAGACAAGUGACCUUCCCGUCGGAGUGUUGUUGUUGUAGUGGCAGUGAGAGAAUGGCCUCGAACCCAGCAGCCAAGCCAGAAGCUGUCAGCGAUGUUCAGGGGGACGGAAGAUGGAUGAGUCUGCACAAUAGGUUCCUAGCCGAGGCUAAAGAGAAGGAGCCUGAAGUACUGUUUGUAGGAGAUUCCCUCAUUCAACAACUCCAGUUUACACCGAUAUGGAGACAGAUGUUUGAACCCCUUCACUGUCUGAACUUUGGGAUUGGAGGAGAUCAGACUCAGCAUGUACUUUGGAGAUUAGCCAAUGGCGAGUUGGAAUACAUUGAACCUAAGGUUGUGGUUUUGCUUGUUGGAACAAACAACCAUGAACAUUCAGCUGAACAGGUGGCUGAUGGGAUAUUGGCCAUUGUCAGUCUUAUACAGAAGCAUCUACCACGCACCCAGCUUAUUGUCUUGGGUAUACCUCCACGGGGAGAAACCCCAAACAAGCUUAGGGAGAAGAUAGCAACGAUAAACAGUAGAUUAGCGGAAAGCUUAUCAGGGCUGGACAACUGCACAUUUCUGCCAGUGGACCCUGGUCUGUUUGUGAGUGCUGAAGGGCUGAUCAGCUGUCGAGAUAUGUACGACUAUCUACACCUGACCCCGGCUGGAUACCAGAAGCUUUGUGAACCUCUUCUGGAUGAAAUUCAGAACUUAAUGAAAACAUACGUCAAAGUGGACAGUACCUCUGUGGAAACUGCUUCCAUGGCUGGUCAAUUGGCUGGAGAUAUGUCCUAAUUUGAUCAUGGGCACAGCCUCAUGUUCUAACUGGGAAGUGACCAGUAUAUGUUCAUACAUAUACAGACAGAUGUGCAUUCCUAAAUAGUUCAGUGUUUUGCAACUCAUUCACCAUGGAUGGGAUUGAGAAAAAAACAAACAAACAUGGUGUCUAGUGUUGUGGAUAUGACAGCAUCAGUGGAAAAAUAUAUCAUGAUGCAUUCCGAUUGUUCUGUUGCUUUGAUCAUGUUGAAUAAAUCCCAUGUGCUAUUUUGUGGGGUAAAGUACAGUGGUUUAAGGCGAGAUUAUUUGUGUAUUUAUUGAAUUUACUGCCAUCAGUAUAUGAAGUGAUUUAUUAUGAAGUUAUGAUGUAACUAUAUACAUUGUCAAUAUAUAUAAGUAUAUACGUAUAAAUAUAAUAUUGUAGGAUAGAAAGAAAUUCACUGAUAAUUUGGUGCAGUCUUUUUAAAACUUAGUCUUUAUAGAUGUAAAGAAUGGUUUCUGACAGUGUUUGUUUUCCGUGAUGGUGCUUUUCUUUGUGAAAAUCUGGCUGCAAUGCUUAAUUCACCCAGGUGGUUAUUAAUGACUUAUUGUAUAGCAGAAUUACAUUUUUAUGAAAUCAGGUAUCAAGAAUUUACAGUUUUCGUUUUUUACAGCAGUAUUUUUUUCUUUUUCUUUCUGGUCAGCGCAAACAAAAGAGAGGAUGUUCACAUUAAAUGUGUAUAUUUCUGCCAAUCUGAACAAGGCUUUAAUCUUACUCAUAUUCACGCUUUAUAAGCUAUUUGCAUAAUCUCUUGGGAGUGGGUGGGGGGGAGGGAGCG